GUUCAGCUCCGGAAUGGCCGCUGUGCUGUUUUUCACACUGUUUUCUUUUUCUCCUCCGCUCAUAUUCAAUAACACGGGGACACGGGGGCUCAUGUAUACAGUUAGUUAGCACCUUGUGUGUGUUAAGUGGCACAUGGAGACAUCAGACUGUCUCUCCACCGGGUUGUUGUCUCUUUCUGCUGCCCGGUUUGAGCUCAGCUGGCUGCAGCAGAUCUCUCCUCUCGCUCGGUCCAACUCACGGUCCGACAGCCGCUCUGCUUCAGGCCUACACACAGCUAGCUCAAAGAUAACCACUGGAUCAAAUCUUCGAGGGAUUAAAAAAAACCUUGAUGACCUUUGCAGCCUGAAAGAACUUAUAUCCGAAGGUCCUGGGAUUGUACGCGGUUCAAACACUUAAGCAUGUGGCCCAUGGGUGCCACAGUCCAGCUACUUCAAAGGAUUUUUUCUCCCAUGGCAUUUUAACAAAGGAACAAAGUAUCAAAAGUAUCCAAAAAACCGUUGGAUCACAAGGCCUUUAUUUCAGGGAUAAUCAUAAAUGUGUGGGUCUGUACAGGGAUGUUUUCUUUAAAAGCCUCCUUGGCUGUCUGUGUCCCUUUUUUCCCAAAUAAGUAACCUGACAAGAGAGACUCCCAUGAGCAACUCUGCAGGAGGCCCGAUAACGUCGACAUGAGUAGUACUUUAGGCAAAGAAAAAGAUUCGAAAGAAAAGGACCCCAAAGGUGGUCCAGCGGGGAAAGAAAGGGAAAAGGAGGCUAAGGCUCUAGCCGGCUUAGUCAAGGAUGGUGGCAAAGAAACGAAGACCAAAGGGAAAGAUGCCAAAGAAGGAAAGAAGGACACCAGCAGCUCAACACCGGGUGUUGCCUUCUCUGUUGACAAUACGAUAAAGCGGCCAAACCCGGCACCAGGUACGCGCAAGAAGUCCAGCAAUGCCGAGGUGAUCAAAGAGCUCAACAAGUGCCGGGAGGAGAACUCAAUGAGACUGGACCUAUCUAAACGGUCCAUUCACAUGCUGCCCACCUCCAUUAAGGAGUUGACGCAGCUGGCUGAACUCUACUUAUACAGCAACAAGCUGCAGAGUCUACCAGCUGAGGUGGGUUGCCUAUCAGGCCUGGUCACUUUGGCCCUGAGCGAGAACUCCCUGACCAGUUUGCCUGACUCCCUGGACUCCCUUAAGAAGCUUCGAAUGCUCGACCUCCGGCACAACAAGCUGAGAGAGAUACCGGCUGUCGUCUACCGGCUGACAUCUCUUACCACGCUGUACCUGCGCUUCAACCGCAUCACAACAGUGGAGAAGGACAUCAGAAACCUAUCCAAGCUCACCAUGCUCAGCAUUCGUGAGAACAAGAUUAAACAGCUGCCCGCAGAGAUAGGGGAGCUAUGCAACCUCAUAACUCUGGAUGUUGCCCAUAACCAGUUGGAACACCUACCGAAGGAGAUUGGGAAUUGCACACAGAUCACCAACCUCGACCUGCAGCACAAUGAGCUCUUGGACCUCCCAGAGACUAUAGGCAACCUGGCAAGCAUAAAUCGCUUAGGUCUGCGAUACAACAGACUGUCAGCCAUCCCAAGAUCAUUAGCCAAAUGUCGAGAACUGGAGGAGCUAAACCUUGAAAACAACAACAUUUCGGUGUUGCCAGAGGGCCUACUUUCAAGUUUGGUCAACCUGACCAGUCUAACACUGGCGAGGAACUGCUUCCAGUCGUACCCUGUGGGCGGACCAUCCCAGUUCUCCACCAUCUACUCCCUCAACAUGGAGCACAACCGCAUCAACAAGAUCCCCUUUGGUAUCUUCUCCAGGGCCAAAGUGUUAAGCAAGCUUAACAUGAAGGACAACCAGUUAACAUCUCUGCCAUUGGACUUUGGCACAUGGACUAGCAUGGUCGAGCUCAACCUGGCCACCAAUCAGCUCACCAAGAUCCCAGAGGACGUCUGUGGUUUAGUCUCUCUGGAGGUGUUAAUAUUGUCCAAUAAUCUUCUCAAGAAGUUACCACAUGGUAUUGGGAAUUUGAGAAAGCUACGUGAGCUCGACUUAGAGGAGAACAAGUUGGAAUCUCUACCUAAUGAAAUUGCUUAUCUUAAAGAUUUACAGAAAUUGGUGUUGACAAAUAAUCAGCUGACCACGUUACCCAGAGGCAUCGGCCACCUCACCAACCUGACUCAUCUUGGUUUGGGGGAGAACCUGCUGCAACACCUCCCAGAGGAGAUUGGUACACUGGAGAACUUGGAGGAACUGUACCUCAACGACAACCCCAACCUGCACAGCCUCCCGUUCGAGUUGGCCCUCUGCAGCAAGCUGUCCAUCAUGAGCAUCGAGAACUGUCCCCUCAGCCACCUGCCGCCCCAGAUCGUCGCGGGAGGCCCCUCCUUCAUCAUCCAGUUCCUCAAGAUGCAGGGACCAUACCGUGCCAUGGUCUGAGCCCAGAGCAGCUCAAUCCUACUUAACUCCAAACCCUCCACUUUGCUCUGCGCCCUCUCGCCUGCCUGCCCCCAUUACGUGUAUCAUACACUGUAAAGAAAACAGACUCGCCACAAUCAGUGUCGGGGGCAAAUACAAGGAGGACGAAGAAGAAGAAAAUGUUUCUUUCACCAUCCUUGGGCAGAAACGAGGCGAAUCGUUGGAGACUAGACUUCUGUGUUACUCCAGAGUUUAUCACGGUCAUUUUAGGACCCCAGCCACCCCCGCUCAUGUUUCAUUCCGAAUCAUACAAGAGGAAAAUAUUUCCAUCUCUUUGCCAAAACUGAAGAUAUAUAAAGUUAUAUAUAUUGAGUAACUGUGAGCUAAGUGGCAAGUCUUUUAACCAUAUAAACCGUGCUCCCAUUGCCAAUGUAUUUACAGUAAUUACAAGCAUCUAUUAUGUGAGCAAGGAUACAAUUGUAUGCAAAAACAAACAAAAAAAGUCUUUGGAACUUCACAUUUACUGCUGCUGCCGUAAUUUUAACUUCGACAUCUUGUUAUAUUUUCUUUUGAUAUUAAAUUUUUUUUUUCUUUUUUUUUUUUUUUUUUUUUACAUCACCUUCGCUCAAGAUAACUUAUGUUAACUGCUUCUUGACCAUAGAGAACAAAGGUCUAAUGAUGGCGUGUUUAUAAUUUCUUUUUUGUAUUUUUUUUUUUUUUUUUUUUUUACCUUUUAUGUUUAAAAACUGUGCCUAUGUUUAGAGUGAUCCAGUGGUUCAUUUCUAAACACAAUUGUCCAUGAGAAUACAAAGAUAUAAAUUAUUUCAAUAAUUCUUUUUUUUUUUUUUUAUUACUGCUGUUUUUACUUUAGUUUUUCCUUAUUUUUAGUGUUCUUUUUGCUGUUGCAUUAAUUUGUUAAAGCAAGCGAUAUCAGUUGUAAAAUAGGGUGAUUGGAGAUCUUUUUAACAAAUAGCAGCAGUAGUUGUUAAACAUUAAGCUAGUAAUGUAUACAUAUGAGAAAUGCCAAUCAUACAUGCUUGAAAAAAAAAAGCAAGUUGGACGUUUCUCCAAAACGGGUGGUGCUGUGACCCCCGUCUAUAUUGCUUUUGUGUGACAAAAAGGUAUUGAAAAAAAAUCAAACCUACACAGGUGAUGGGAUAAAUGAUAAGGAGAUGUUUUUAUAUAUGUACACAAAAUCCUGGUUGUUGCCUUGAGUGCAAUUUUUAGUUAUGUUUACUGGUUUGAUAUUAUCUUCAGUGUUGGGCUGCAUAGCUGUCAUUCAAUUGAUCAUUGACCAACAUAUCAAGCAUUUUUAAAAAAGACGUUAUCUGGGUCUCUUGAGCAAGUGGUGAGUGUAUCCGAUAAGGUUUGGUAAUAAAACAUUGACAGGUAACACUUCCUUUUUUUGUUAAUAUCCUUCAUUUUUUCUGUAGUUUUUUUGUUUUUGACAGGGUCUCCUAAGAAUCUUUAUUACAUGAUGGAAAAUGUUCCCUUGAUUUAGAUUCGUAUUUUUUUUUUUUUUAUAUAUAUAUAUCUUCUUUUGUCCCACACUGUCCCAGCAAUGCUGCUGCUCUUAUGCACUUUUGAAAAAAGACAUUGGCAUCCUCUAUAUUAAGAAAAACACACAGUAGCCUCUCAUUGGUUAUUUUGAAUGGGGGCAUUUUGUUUCAUAAAGUAUUUUAUCUGUUAAACAAACGGUUUAUCAUGUAAAUUUGUAUCAAUUAAAUAUAAAUGUUGAGUUUAGCGGGCUCAGAAUAUACUAGUAAACUUUCUUUGGGGAAGUUUUAUCCUGUCAAUCUUAAAAAGGAACUUGCUCUCUUGAACUGUAAAAGGGUCCGUGUGGUUAUGAGAUGUUUUAAGAUUGCCAUAUCCUGCUUUCUCCAUUGCAAGUGAAAUGGCUUAUUGCAGUUCAGAUCAGCAUUGUUUAUUUUAAAUCAAUUUACAUUGAGUGUUUUCUUUUUUCUAAAUGAUGAAAUGUGUAUUCAGUUAGUAUUAUUUCAAGUGACUGUACAUUAAAAAUCCCAACGAAAGGUAAUCAAACCAAACUUUUUUUUUUUCUUUUUGAAAAAUGUGUUGCAUCCCAGCUCUAUAUUCAAUCAUGAUUCUGUUUUGUAUUGAAACGUGUGGGUCUACUUUUCUUUGCAGCAGCUUGGUGUGUUUUUAGUGGGCUGUGGUUCGGUCUCCUCCACGGGAGGCCUGAGUGACGAGAGCGCCACAGCUCACCUCGGGGUGGGGCUGGGUCGGGGGAACGAUGUACGCUGCUUCUAAUUUACCAGCAGAACCUGUUGCUGCUUUUCGUGGACUGAAACAUAUGCUGUACAAGACGGGGGAGCCGGGGAGGGCAGGAGACGGGAAAAACGAUCCACUCCCAACACUGAUACAGACUUCACUCGAAAACCUGACGAGGGACAAAUCCACUGACCUUUUCGAUUUGGCGUCAGGCCCGGUGGUUUUCUCACAGAUCAAAUCGUUUGGACACAACGAUGAGACAACACAACAAGGUGCAUAUUUGAGCUUAACGCAGUUACAGUACAAGACUGUCGGAAAAAGACAAAAAAAAAUUGUAAAAAGGGCUUUCUGUGUUCACGCUCAACAACACACCGGAGGCAUUGCAUUCCUGGGUUUUCUAUAAAAGCUUUGGAAGUUUUCUUUUUUUUGUGUAUUUACUUUUAGCUGUAAACAGUUGUGUCAAAAAUGCCUUCAACGAGUACUCAAAAGUGAGACGUGCAUUAGGUAUGCAGCGAGAGUGCUGUGACCCAUUUUUACAUUCAGUCUCUCUGUUUUUACUUUUUUCAUGUGCCAUUUUGCAAGGUUGAGAAUGCCAGUGUGUGAACACGCGGAGGAUAACGGGAGGUGGGGCAGAAACUGAACUGGGCUAAUCGACCGGUGAGCAUUUAUCGGAUCCUGGAAUGUAGUUUUAAUGUGCUGUGGAGGAGAUGGAGAUCACCGACUGAGACGUUCAGUUAAAGGUGUGACUUGUUGGAUCAAAAAUGAUGACGACGUAUUGCAUACUGGUGCAUCCAAAAUAAUUGGAGUAUAAUUGGUGUUUAUUUUUCUAUCGUCUGUGAUUUUAGGCCGUGGAGAGCAUCGCAGAAUCAAAGUCAUUUUGCUCCUUUUGCUUUUUAUUCUGGAUCAUACAACUUGUCUUUUUCUUGCCUGGUUAUUUUGUACAGGAAACAAGCAUGUUGAACACAUAUGACAUGAUUUGUCUGGGUCAGAAUCGGGCGAUUUUGCAUAGAGAACUUGGAUUUAGUGGCUAUUUGGUGUAUCUGCAAAUGCUCCCUUUUUGUAUAUUGCAAAGGGUAUCGAAGCAUUGUGUGGCAAUGCUUAUCCUACUUAAUCUACAUUGACAAGCAGCCUUAAUGGUCUUUUUUUAAUGUGUUUGUUUGGCUAUUCCUUGUGUCUAUGGCCACUGACUGUACUUGAUGACAAGCAACUGGUCAUUACAAUGUAAAUUUGGGUCUAGUUUCUUUCUGUCUUAUUUUUCCUUUUACUCUGUACAGUAAUCUGACGUUACGGUAGACUCAGUAUUACAAAAUCUGUAAUGUGAUGAGAGUUUUACAAAAAGACAAAGUGCAAUGGAAGAUAAUGCCAUUAUGCUACCAAGUGGAUGUGCAUUAGCUUGCGUGUCACUUGUCUUUGGCAUUAAAGGGGAAUUCCACCAAAACUGACUGGCAUUUUUAUUCUGCAACUGCAGAGCUUUUUCAACACAAAUUACCAAGAUGGUUUUUGGUUUUCAUAAGUUUUUCUCACAAGUCAUAUCAGGUUUGAGUAAUAGGAUUGCAAGAUCAGGGGAAAUAAAAUGAUGUGACAUCGACUUUAAUAGUCUGAGAUUGUUGAAACUUAAAUUUUUUUACCACAUCUAUUCAGAAAUGGAGUUGUUUUCGGACACGACUUUUUAGAUAAUUCAGGCCGAUGUUGUAGGAUGACAUGUUCUUCAUCUUCAGAGCACAUAACUACAUAAAUGUCCGCUUUUUGUAAUCAAACCAAGUCACUUUUGGUGGAAAGGCCCUUUUAAUGUGAAGCCGCGCGCUCUUUCUCCUACCUGAAUCACACCCCCACAAAAACCACCCAC